UGGGCUUAGCGCUUGAAGGAGAGAGUUCUUUUGCCACCCCAGCUACCAUCAAAACAGGCUGUCAUUCGUAAAUCAAGGUAGAAAAACGUACAGCGAAUUGCACGGUAACUAGGUUCUUGUCACUACAAGGCAACCAUUUGAAACUUGGUGAGCGAAAAUGAAGCGGAGUUAGAACCUCUCAUUCACCGAGGAUUAUAAUCGACUUCUGUGCCGAACUCAAGGACACCCUCUCUUUUUUGAACAAGAAAAGUAAUCUCAUCAGUGUACGUAGUCGAAGCCAAAAUGAACCACCAUUGUAUCUAUUUGUUGAUGGGUGGAUACGUAGAUGGAUGGAUGAAUACGAUUUGAGAUGCAAAGAGAAACAGAUCAAUUGACAACGAUCAUCUAUGGAACUCAUAUAGCAUGUCAACCGAGGAAGAUAUCGUAAUGGAGACUCAAGAGGUUGAGGUCGCUGCUGAGACCACCCAGGGUCAAAUGUCCGUUGAGGAAGCCCUCCAGGAGGUCUUGCGCCGUGCUUUGGUCCACGAUGGUCUUGCCCGUGGUUUGAAGCAAGCUGUCAAGGCUUUGGACAGACGCCAGGCCCAUUUGGCUGUCUUGAACGAGUCCUGCACUGAAGGCGAAUACGUCAAGCUCGUUGAGGCUCUCUGCGCUGAGCACAACAUCAACUUGAUCAAGGUCUCUGACCCCAAGAAGCUCGGUGAAUGGGCUGGUCAGUGCAAGAUCGACCGUGACGGUAACGCCCGUAAGGUUGUUGCCUGCUCCUGCGUCGCUGUCACCGACUUUGGAGAAGAGUCCGAGGCCAUGAACGUUUUGUUGGACUACUUCAAGUCCCGUUAAAUUUUGACAAACAAAAUUUUCAUAAUAAACUCUUCGGUCCACUUUG